UGAUCCACUGAGCUGGUUUGACCCAACCUCCUUUUAUGUGAUCCAAACCCUCUGCUGUUGAGAUCCUCAUUGUGAGGCAGGUCUCUGAGUGUGUAUAAAAGCUGGAGGUUGAUCAGCUCUUCACAUUGAGAGUCAUCUCAGCAUUCUGGCUGUAAGGAACCUGCAGAAAGGAGAAGUACCAAGUAAACAUGUCUCACAGCUGGGAUUACGGCACUCAAGGUCCUGAUAAAUGGGCUGAGCAUUUCCCCAUCGCUAACGGAGCCCGGCAGUCUCCCAUUAACAUCAUCCCGAGCCAGGCCCAGUUCGACUCGACUCUCAAGCCGCUCAAGAUCCAGUAUGACUCAUCGAGGACCAAAGACAUCUUGAACAAUGGGCAUACAUUCCAAGUGAGCUACCUGGACGACAACGACAGUACAAUUCUGACUGGUGGGCCCAUCACUGGCACCUACAGGCUAAAGCAAUUCCACUGCCACUGGGGUGCGAGUGACGACAAAGGGUCCGAGCACACAGUCGAUGGUGCCAAAUACCCCUGUGAGCUGCAUCUGGUGCACUGGAACACCAAGUAUGCAAACUUUGGUGAAGCCCUCAACAAAUCUGAUGGCUUGGCGGUGAUUGGAGUUUUUCUGAAGAUUGGUCCUGCCAAUCCCCGACUGCAGAAAGUUCUGGAUGUCUUUGAUGCCAUCAAAGAAAAGGGUCAGCAAACCACUUUUACGAACUUUGACCCCAAGAACCUGUUGCCUGCCUCCCUGAAUUUCUGGACAUACGAAGGCUCUCUCACCACACCACCUCUGCAUGAGAGCGUCACCUGGAUCGUCCUCAAAGACCCAAUUAGCGUGAGCUCUGCUCAGAUGGAGAAAUUCCGCAAACUGUUGUUCACCUCACCGGGCGAAAAACCUGUCUGUAUGUGCAAUAACUACAGACCCCCUCAGCCCCUAAAAGGACGCAAAGUCCGCGCCAAUUUUAAGUAAAAUACAGAAAACACCUCUGACCCUGUCCACUCUACACAUCUCAGUGAAUCAGUUCAUUCAUUUGAACUGUAAUGAAUCACUCGUCAUUUGGUUCAUCUAAAUUUAAGGGAAAAAACAACAACAAAACAAUAGAAAAUGCUGUCAGUUGGUUAAUCUAUUCAAAUGAAUCAGCUCCCAAUCUGUUACAAGCUUUUAAUUGUAAAAUGUUAACCUGUGCAUUUAAUCCUCAGUGUUCCCAUUAGUUUAAUUCCCCUUACUCCUCAUCUAAUGGAUUAAUUAUUAUUAUUAUUAUUAUUAUUAUUAUUAUUAUUAUUAUCAUUUAUUAUUAUUUUCAGUUAUAUAUGUUUUAAUUUGAGAUGUGUGAAAUGUUCAAGGUGCAGAGCACAAAGAAGAAAGAAACCCUCUAGUGAAGCACUUUUCACUUUAAGAAGCAGCAAUAAAGAAAAGUUAUAAAGAAAAGUGUUUAUUAUUAAGCUACAAAAAAUUUUUGUCAGAGGGAUUAACUCAUAAAUAAUAAAGUUAAUAUAUAUUUCAAAAUAAAGAUCUGAAGACUUA